CAACAUUCGAACGAGAGGCCGUAUAAAAUGGAUUACAUCGACUUCGUGUUCCAAACCCUACUCGGCACCGAAGGAGCAUCGAAGCGACCGCUCCGCCUUCUUCCUCAGCUUUGGUUGAAAUGGCUAAGUCGAAGAACCACACGGCUCACAACCAGUCUUACAAAGCUCACAAGAACGGGAUCAAAAAGCCCCGAAAGCAUCGCCACACCUCCACCAAAGGGAUGGAUCCAAAGUUUCUGAGGAACCAAAGGUACGCAAGAAAGCAUAACAAGAAGAAUGGUGCCUCGGGUUCGGAGAUGGAGGAGUAGACAAUGGAAAAUGGAUCUAGCUGUAUUUUCCCCUUAGGAAUUAACUAAGCUUUUGUUCUCGCAUUGUUGAACAAUAUUAAUUCGACUUCUGAUGAGCAAAAAUGGGCACUGUUGGAUUGCUUUAGCCAGUAUGUCAGACAACUUCUAGGCCAAACUAGUUUUUGUGUCAUUAUUUAUCUUCUAUGCAGCAAUUUAAAUGACUUGUUGAUCUUGUGGUUCCA